CGCGAAUGGGGUUGAUAUCCCCAAAGGUUCUAGCUCUGAUAGGACUGCAGAUACAUCGAUCAAUGCAGGGUCGAACGUUAUCAGGUCGUGACACAAGACCUGAUACAAGCCUCGAUAUAAAUCACUAGCAAAUGACCCGUAAAAACGAUCGAAAACGCAAAUUGGCCAAGGCAGGGCCUGUUCGUCCGCCCAGCACCUGGCCGCUCGACCACAUACCCGAACCGGUUCUGGAUAUCAUCAUCGAGUACCUGGCCGACUCUGCGAGAAAUUUUCAGCCUGGAGGUGCCUCGAGUGUCUUCAGGACGACCUGCCUAGGUAGCGCUCCAGUCGUCCCCUUGACCAGCGACCUGAAGAACCUCUCCAUGGUUAACGCCCACAUCCGUCAGAUGGUGAUGGCAACGCAUAUUGCCCACACCGUUGCACUUGGAUCGGCAUGGCAUAUCUUCGAAACUAAAGAAUCGCUACGCCCGCAAACUCUUGGGUCGAUCAGACAGAUCGUUUUUGUACAACCUUCCGACCAAUCUCAAUGCCAGUCUCCGCUGCCGGACCUGGCAAACAUGUUGUGGCGGAGUCACCGGAAAGCGUUUAUCGAAUCCUGCGUCAAGCUCGAGCGUAUCGUCGAUCAGACAGGCGAGAUGACCUACUCCAGCCACCCUUGCCCAGCCUCUCUGCACGAUCUGAGCAUGAGACUCUUGUCUGGAACUCGGAUGCCCGCUCCGAUCGAGGCCAUGGGCUUGAAGAAACUUCGCUUGUCGCUGGAUCACUCUGCGCAUCUAGAAGGUAGCGGCUCGCUCGAAGCGGCUUGGUACCGCGAGAAGUUAGGAGCGCUCCUGCGGAACACCAAGAAGCUCGACAAGCUCGAACUACAGCUUCCCGGACUGCCGGCUGCUCCACCACUUCCUGUGGAAGAUGUACCGCCACACUUAUGGACGAACGAUCCCUUGCCCGCAGCCUUGCGUACAGCCGGGGUAUUGGAACUGGAUGUACCUUUCUGCACUGUGGAAGAUAGGAGCCCGAGGGAGGCAGCUUGGUAUGCCUACCUUCGAUGGGUGCUCGAUACCAAACCCAAGUUCACGCAGUUGGACGUCCAUAUGACGUGGGACGAGACGUUCGUAGCGGGGCAUGCCAUGACGCCGCGAGGCAUCUUCGAUUCCAUGGGUCUUGUGAAAGUUCGCCAGAGAGACGAUGAUGGCAAAUCCUACGUCCCAGGUCGAGAGACGAUGAGCCAAUGUCUGCGAGACUUUUUCGGUUUCAUCUUUGACGGACGACCCGAGCUGGAAAAGGUCCAGCUCAAAUGUCUGGCCAUCCCACCGACCUGGCCAGGCAUGCAGGUCGGACCUGAGGUGUUCCGACAUCUAGUCGGGACAAGGUAUCCUCAUGGAGCCAUCCUGUUCGAAGAUGUGAUCGGCUUCGAGCUUGUCGAUAAGCUGGUAGGAGAGCUCUAUACAAGAUCGACUCCCGACAUUCACGGGGACACGUCGCGGGACGUAUGGGUUGGAACGGACGUCCUCAGUGCAGACGGUGUCUUUGACGGGGCCGAAUACAUGAGGCAGUAUAUGGCGGCUCGGGAUUCUCCGGCGAAUGUCGAAUAUACCAGGCAAGUAAUCGCAAACUACAUGGCAUCGAUGCCAGCGGCCCCCUCUUAGUCGGCCGAUCGAGGUUGGAGGUAGCCUUAGGGCGGUAGAACCACGCAGCACUUCAAUCACUGUCCCUCCUUAUCUCGGUUCACUGCGCCAAUUCUCCUGGUCUUCCGCUCUCGAUAAUUCACUCUGUGAAACAGGCGCGACCAUUUCGAGCUUGGCGAGCGCUUCACGCGCAGAUAUGCUCAGCCGCCCGUUUCCGCUUGCAAUGGUUGAUAUUAUCCGAAGACUUUAAAGUUGAGUGAUGCACCUGUUGUACUGUAGCC